AUGCGUACCAUGGGUGAAGCAACUGUGGCAAUCUGUGACAUCAGAGAAGAAACUUUGAGAGAACCAGAAAGACUGCUCAAAGCUCAACCUGCGGAAUUAGGUCAGAAAUUUCUGGCAACGAUUGUGGACGUGUCCAAGGAAUCAGCGGUCUCGGCAUGGAUAGAAGAUAUUGUUUCCAAGUUUGGUCUACUCGAUCACGCCGCCAAUUUCUGCGGGACUCCUCAUCCUUUUGAUCCUGUGAAGGACUUAACCGUCAAAGAUCUUGAUUUUAUUGUUGAUGUUAAUCUCCGAACUACUUUUGAUUGCGUGCAGGCACAGAGGAAAUCCCUCUUGCGAGGGUCUAGUAUAGUUAACUUCUCCUCGGGAUUGGGCUUGGGACCAGAGGAAGAUCUCAGCUUGGACUCGGCUGCAAAAGGGGGUAUCCAGGCUCUGACUAGUACAGGAGCGAAAGAAUAG